GGAUUCUUUGGUUGGUUUUAAUGGUAAUUUUGAGAGUUGAAAUAAGGUCCAAUUAUUUUUAUUCAAUUAGGGCUACGUUUUAUUGCCAUAUUAACAUUACGGGGACUUUUUGGGGAUUUUGACUGAAGAUUUGGUGAGAUACGGGGGGAUUUGGUAAGUUUUGGCCAAACGUUUGGGGAAUUAUCUUCGAGGCUUGUUGGCAACACUGCUCAGCAGUUGCACAUCUGAAGCACAGAAAGCAAGCAGCCUGGUUGCUGAGGGAGAGAGAUACCCCAGGGCAGUGGCCGGUACCGGUAGGCCUCGCCUCGCCUCGCCAUGCUCGGGGCCAGGGGUUGGGCCUGUGCCUGGUGUGAUUCACUUUGGGUGCCAUGGUGGGCGGCAGGCCUGGUAGGCCUCUGGGGGGCAGGGAGGAGGAGGAGGCCACUGCCGCCAGGGCUUCUCAGCAGCAGCAGCCUUUCCCUCUCCUGGAGGCUGAGAGUGUGUGACUUGCCCACCCUGCUGAGCCCUUUCUUUAACAGAUAAAUUGAUCAACUGUUAUUAAAAGGAAAAGAACUUAUAAAAGUGGGGCAAGCAAAAGGCAAGACAAAAGAGAAGAAGAAGAAGAAGCUUAAAAGUAUUCCUCUGCCCUUUCUACUUGGCUAUGUCCUCUUCCUACAUCUAGUAAAGAAACUGGAAAAAAAUCAUAGGUAAGUGGUUUCCUCUGGGGAAAAAGUAAACCCUUAAUUAGCUACGCCAGUGAUGGGAUUUAGCUAUGUUAAUCUUUCUAUGCCAUGGCCAUACAAGUAUGUUUGAACAUGAAAAAAUAUAGGGGCCCCAAAUGUACUUUCUGCCCCAGGGCCCCUAAAGGCCUAGCUAUGGGCCUGUCCAAUGUCUGGAAGGGGUGGGCCUUAUCAUGGGGUUUUCUUGGUAAGGUUUGUUCAGAGGGGAUUUGCCAUUGCCUGCCCUUGAGGCUGAGAGAGUGUGACUUCUUGCCCAAGGUCACCCAGUGGGUUUCAUGACCAACUGGGGAACUGAAGCCUGGUCUCCAGAGUCCUAAUCGAACAUUUAGACCACUUCCCCACGCUGGCUCUCUCAGGGCAUCUGAAGGUGUGGAUCAGUAUCCAUGAAAGCUCCUGCUAAAGUAUGUAAGUUGCUGCUAGAUAUCCCCCUUUUUUCCAACCUCCUUCCCUUCUUUAUGUUGAGAUGCACCAACAUGGCUUUUUCUUUGAAAUUUUAUCUGUAACUUUUAAAUCACACCUUUCUUCUAGCAAGUGCAAGGCAGCAUUCACAGUUCUCUCUCCAUCUAUCCUUCCAACAACCCUGUGAGCAAGAUCAGGCUUCUGCACUUCUGCAAUCAGGCUUCUGUAACUACAGUACUGGUGAAGUCUCGAAGCAGGUAGUAUUAGCACAGAGUUGUACCUGUUUGAGCCAAUAUGAAUCCCUUUCAAAGCAAGAAGACACAGCCUGAUAAAAAAAGAUGCUCUGUUAAAAAAGAAACCAGUUAUGGAAAUAUUCUUUAUGAGGAGAAUGAGAACUCUGAGGCCAGCUCAAGUACCAAAAUUGGAAGCCAUCUUCAAAAAGAGAUUCCACCAAACAGUGACAAGACACCAGUUGAAGAACGAGAAUUCACUGUGAAUUUAGGUGAUGAUGGAAAGGAACACGUGGUGAAAGGCAAGAUCCAUCACAGUGUGCUAAAAGCCCUCAGAGCUUCUAAAGAUGUUUCUGCUCACAUGGACAAAAAGAAGGGCAAGAAGAUCUACUUAAUAGGGAAGAAAGGGAUUGAGGGUUGCAUUAAUUUGGGGAUGCCUCUGAAAUAUGUGCCCAGUGAUUCCCAAUUUGAAAUGAAGUUUUACAGAAAAAAACAAAUCGAGAGCCCUGGUAAAUUAGACUAUAGGCAGGAUGGCAUCAUGGACAUGGAAUGUAUCUUGUUUUUUGUUGCUCCAAAUGCAAAUAAAUGUCCAUCCAAUGAGCCACUGUGUGAUAAAAUAAUUAGAUGCAAUGAGCUUCUUAAAGAACAUAGUAAUCUUUGUGUCUUUGCCCCAGAAGAGGAAACCAUAAAAGAUGCCCUCUGUAAAGAUGGCCGCUUUAUGCCUAUUCUGAAUGAAAAAGAUUGGGUGCUAAUGGAGAAUAAAAAGUCCAUACCAAACAGCCAUACAGUGAAACUAUCUAACAGGACCUUUACCAUUCAUGUGAAGACUCAGAGACAUCGCAAAUCUAAGGGUCCAAAUAAUGAACAUGUCCCUCUGGUCCCUCAAGAGGAACAGCUCAAAACUUUUCAUUAUUUUAAACAUCAUCUUCUCACAUUAUAUCCUGACUUGAAGGAACAAAGUAAAAGAAUAAAUGACUUCCUUGAAAAGGCCAAGAGGAAGCCUGAUCAGAAGAAAGAUGUUUUUGGAGUUUAUAAAGCAGUCUUUGGCAAAGAGAGAAAGAACUCCACUACAGUUAACAUGGUGAAGCUCCAUGCUCAUCUCAGUGAGUCAGUUGGCUAUAUAGAAUGGAGCAUUACUACAAAGGAGGGAAGUGCAACUUGUUUUGUCUUGUGUGGCAAGUACAUUCUCACCUGCCACCAUGUGGUAAAGAGAGAUGGUAUAGAAGAAGAAGAGUGGGCACAAAAAAUUAGCCAGUUAGCACGUGUCACUUUCUCUUACAAAAACAAACAUCCUAAGGACAAUGGUUGGUUCUACCUUGAGGAAUGGUUUAAAAUAUCAGAUAAAGUUCUUGAUUUUGCUGUCCUGAAAUUAAAGGAACGUGGAAAUGGGCUUCCAAGAGGUUUGCUACGAAACAUUUCUGUUCCACCUUUCAAUGGUCUUAUUUACAUAAUUGGUCAUCCAGAUGGAGAAACAAAACUUGUAGAUGGCUGUUCUGUUAUCACUGUGUUUGAACGUCGAAAUGAGUGUACUCAGCGUUUAGAUCAGGGAAAAGGGGCAGAAUGCAACUAUGCUGCUUGCGGUUAUGAUGAAAAGGGUGUAAAUUGCAUCCAUAUGUACAAUCCAAGAGACUUUCCAGAGAUCAUCAAUAAUCCUGAUGUCGUCACCUAUGAUACCUCUUUCUUCUGGGGAUCCUCAGGUUCCCCUGUGUUUGACAGAAAUGGCCACUUAGUUGCAAUGCAUACUGCAGGAUAUGUUUAUGGAGAAAAGUAUAAAAAGAAGAGCAUAAUUGAAUUUGGCUAUUCAAUUAAGUCACUCCUCUCAUUAAUUGAAAAGAAGCAUAAAUCUUGGUAUGAUACUGAAAUUGGUCCUGUUUUACAUGCUGGUCGUGAUGCAGGAGAGAAUGCCAUUGGUGUAGAUACAUCUACAGAUGUGGAAAUGGAACCAGUUGACCAAUAUACAGAUGUGAAAAAGGAACCAGUAGAUGAGUGAGCUCAGCCUCACUUCUCUGACCAAUGAGGGGUUUAGAGGAUAUAGCAAUCAAGGGAUCUGCUUCUUUCUUUUCUUUUCUUUCUUUUGGUAAUAUUUGCUUUUAUUUAUAAAUAUACAGCUCAAGCAUAAGUGGGGAUUCAGCAUUAAACAUUCAAACAGAUGUUCCAAAUCUCAAAUAUAUGCCCUCAGUAUAUCACCCUUAACAAGUGUGAGGCUUUGCCUCAUUGUUUGAUUGGUGAGUCAGUUGACUAUAUUCACCCAAGAGACAAGUUACUUGCAUAUAUAGUCAGCCCUCCAUAUCCAUGGAUUCUGCAUCUGCAGCUUGAAAAUAUUCCCCCCCCAAAAAAGAAUUUCCAAAAAGCAAACUUGAUUUUACCACUUUAUACAAGGGACACCAUUUUGCUACUAUUGUAUGUAAUGGGACUUGAGCAUCCAUGGAUUUUGGUAUCUAUGGGGGAUCCUGGAACCAAAUCCCAGCAGACACCAAGGCCCCACUGUAUUCCCUCUGAAAAAAUCCUAUGUGUUGUAUCUACAGUAUGUUGUAUUAUUGUUUAAUGUUCAGUGCUUGUAGGAAUGACCCAUCUGUAGAUGAGGAAAUGGAACCAGUUGAUAGUGUAUUGCACUUAUCCAGCAAGUGCAAUAUUUCAAGGGAUAUAGCAGUUAUCAAGGGUUCUGAUUUCUCUAUAACCAGAUUACAGGAUGGUAGUUUUAUUUUUUAAUUUGAAACUUGUGUAAAGUAAAAUUACGUUAUAAGACUUUUGGUUAUAUACUCUGAUGUUCUAAUAUAACAAUGAGAUUUAAAAAAUCAUUAUUCAUAAAUUUCAAUAAAAGCAGAUCUAAAUAUACA